AUGGCGCCGAUGGCCCCGUUCGCCGGCGUCGCCCUGCUCUGGGCAGCGCCCGCGGGCGCGCUCAUGCUGCAGGCGGUGCCCGCGGCGCCCGGGCCGUGCCGCACGGCCGUCUGGGGCGACCCGUGCUACAAGGAUUCAGAGGUGAAGUUCGCGAUGAACCAGGGGUUGAAGCACAACCCGCAGUGGUAUGCAAACUUGAGUGCGGCGUCCACUUUCGAGGAGUUCCAGGCAUUCCUCCACGGCCUCGAGAGCCACCGCCACACGUGCCCCGAGCCGUGCCCCAGUGCGCCCACGGGGCAGCUCCGUGAGGCCGCGUGCAGGACUGCGCUCCCGGGCGAGGCGUGCCACGCCGAGGUGACGUGGGCGAUGCGGGAGGACCCGGCAUCAAGCGACACCCGGACUGGUACCCGACGCUGUCUUCCGCCUCGUCGUUCGAGGAUUUCCAGUUGGUCUUGCACGGCAAUGGAGCGCUGUCCCACAAGUGCCCCAAGCCGUGCCAGGUCCCCGCUUUGGCGGAUGCCGCCGCUGCGGAGGGCGUGGACUCCAACGAGGCCCGCGCCCGCGAGGCGGGCGAGGCCGACGACGAGCCGACCGAGGAGGCGCUGCCGACCCCUGUGCUGUCGACACCCGCGCUCCCGUUGGGGCGAGGGUGCUACGUGUGGAUCCCAGGAGGAGCAUGCCCCAGGAAGAAUGUGA